GGAUACAAAGUCAGCCUUAGGAGUUGACAGCCAGGUCCAUGGAAUAGAUCGUCUUUUCUCAUAGGGAAAGGAAACAGGGGAAGAACCGAUUCGAUUCAGAUGAACGACAGGCCGACGAACUGACCCAGCUGGGAGAACGAUUACAAGAGCAUCCUUCAGUGGAAUUCGAUGAUGUGUAGCUACAACAAAUGGGAAUAUUUCAGCGUUAUGAUACGCCCAUGCGACGAGCUGUGUGGAUGUUGUGAUGUACGGUGAACGAUCCAGGCAACCACAAACAUACAUCAGAAUUCAGAAAACCGGUUGUUUUGACAGGAGGAACGCAUGGAUACUUAACCACUGAUCUCUGGAUUAUAAGAAAUAUUGUUGCAGAAUAUAGAAAGGAAUUAGGUGGAUAUUAUUGUUGUUAUUAUUAUUAUUAUUGUAAAGAUGGUGGACACAUCUUGUUUUGGCUUGUAUUUGGGCAACAUAAACACAUUAUGGAGAAUUUCAUUGCCUAAUCGCGACGACCUGGAUAAAAGUCACCUUAAUGCAAGCCAUCCGCAUCACUCUCAUUCUUCAUAGAAAAUAUCUCAAUAUCGCUGUAUCGUAAUAAUCCAAGACCAAGCUGAAGUUUCGCUUGUCAUACAUUUCUAUUUAUAUAUAGGCUACGCAACUGAUUCCAGCUUUAUGAAUCAACUGCUCUAUGACAAUAAAAUGUCUACUGUUAAAAUGACAAUCAUGGAAAAUGAGGACGAAAUGAUCGAAGUAAGCACUUGCACAUGCGUUUCAUAGAAAUAACACGAACCGACAGUCGAUUUGGCUUAUGACGUGGAUUAAAUUGCAAACAGUAGACGUUUAGUAGCUGUUGUAACGUUUGUCGAUGAAAUAUUAAUACGCCGAAUAUAUGCCUUUCUUGAAAUGCAAAUCGAUAAAUAUGUGGCGUACAUUAUGCAUGACGAUUAAAGCUAAUGACAACCACGGUUCUGCCAGCUCUGUGUUGUGAGUCUCAUCUUAAAAUGGACGCGCGCUUUCCUUGAACUGUUUUAUAGCAUUCGCGAUGUACCGGAUUUAUACAACACAAGAGAAACUCGAAGUAACUAUUGCGAAUGUGCAAAUAAUUGUGGAGGUUUUGAGAUCGCGAGCUGGUGCAUAUCUGUGAGCCUAUCAGAGCUGAAUGUCUGAGGAUGCCUUAAGUCUGCGCAUGCAUGUGUUUAAGGCUAUGAAUAUUCAUUAACAUCCAUUGCAAAAAAAAAAAAAAAAAGAGUAACAUCGAUGUACGUUUACAUAUAUGAGAGUUUUACAUGCAUUAGACUUGGAUUAGAGGUUAAGACAACAUUCCAGUGCACGCUAUUUAGGUAGAACUUAACCCCAACUAGAACAUGAUAUGUGAUGUAAGGCAAAUUAUCAGAAGACCCAUCUAGUUACUGGUUUAUCUUCAGUAAUAUUUGUUUACUUGUGGAUUCUGCUGUUAAAAAGAGAAACCAAGCAAGCAGUCUCCAAGGCCUUCAAUGAUUCUUCUAAUGGGAAAGCCCAAUGCUGCAUCAAGCAACCAAAAAGAUAAGAUUCUCAAGGAUUGAUAAUCUGGAAAUUCUCACCUAAUCUCAAGGACUUUGGUUUCUCUAGGAAAAACUUGGUUCGCACUGCAAAACUCUUUUCAGUGUCAUCUUCUUAGUCAUAUUAGAGCUGUAAGAACACAUUGACUGACUAAAAUGGCUCUAUAAAUGUUAAGACGCAAACAAAGUGUGCUGUGGACAAUCCAAGCAAUCGGUGAGGACAGAGCAGAGGCAGCCCCGCAGAAGCUUUACUUAUUGAUUCCGUUCCUCAUCAAGAAGGCCUGCACUCAGUAGAUGGGCUCUGCAUGGAUAUUGUGCGCAAGUUGACAGAGGGCCUCCUCCAGCUUUUGAGACCACAUCGCUGACCUGAAUAGUCAGUGAUGGACCCAUAUAUGAGACAGAGUGGAGCUGGAGCUGGAGGCAGUGCUGCCCCGCUACCUUGCACCAGCAGGGGAGGUUCCUGUGGACCCCCAGUUCCCCCUGCCCUCCCAGCAAAUGCAAACUCAAUACCCUGUCUGACACAGAACAACAGCAGCCAGAACUCCUCUACAUUUUCCUCUUCAGUGGGCUCCCCAGAUUCCCAUCUUUCUCAUCAUAAUGAAGGCAGUAACAUGUACUGGACGGCUGUCUUUGAUUAUGAGGCCACAGCAGAUGAGGAGCUGACCUUGCGACGUGGCGACCUACUGGAGGUGCUCUCCAAGGACUCUAAAGUGUCUGGAGAUGAGGGUUGGUGGACUGGCAAGAUCCAGGACAAGGUGGGCAUAUUCCCUAGUAAUUAUGUGACCCGACGGGACACCAACUUGCCAGCGUUGCCUCCGGGAGGUCUGGUCGGUGGGGAGUCACCACUGGAGAUUGAUUUCUCAGAGCUGUGCUUGGAGGAGGUGAUUGGUGCUGGAGGCUUUGGAAAGGUGUACAAGGGUGCGUGGCGAGGUGAGGAAGUAGCUGUUAAAGCAGCUCGUCAGGACCCAGAUGAGGACAUCAGUGCUACAGCAGAGAAUGUGAGGCAGGAGGCCAGACUCUUCUGGAUGCUCCGACACCGCAACAUCAUCGCUCUUCGAGGUGUUUGCCUGCGGGAGCCAAAUCUUUGCCUGGUUAUGGAAUAUGCUCGUGGCGGGGCACUUAACCGGGCACUUGCUGGGAAGAAGGUUCCUCCUCGGGUACUGGUGAAUUGGGCAGUGCAGGUUGCGACGGGAAUGGACUACUUGCACAACCAGACCUUUGUGCCAAUCAUCCAUCGAGACCUCAAAUCCAACAACAUUCUGAUUCUGGAGCCUGUGGAGAGAGACGACCUGAGCGGGAAGACUCUGAAGAUUACAGACUUCGGCCUUGCUCGGGAAUGGCUUCGCACCACGAAGAUGAGCGCAGCGGGCACGUAUGCCUGGAUGGCUCCAGAGGUCAUCAAGCUGUCCCUGUUCUCCAAAAGCAGCGAUGUUUGGAGUUUUGGAGUGUUACUCUGGGAGCUGCUGACUGGUGAGGUGCCAUACCGUGAAAUCGAUGCUUUGGCUGUGGCCUAUGGAGUUGCUAUGAACAAGCUGACCCUUCCCAUCCCCUCCACCUGCCCUGAGGCCUUUGCACAGCUGCUGGGAGAGUGUUGGUGUCCUAACCCACAUGGACGUCCUUCUUUUGGGAGUAUCUUGAAAAGGCUGGUGGACAUUGAGCAAUCAGCCAUGUUCCAGAUGCCCCUCGAGUCUUUCCAUUCCCUGCAAGAAGACUGGAGGCUGGAGAUCCAGCAGAUGUUUGAUGAACUACGAGCAAAAGAGAAGGAGUUGCGAUCCUGGGAGGAAGCUCUGGCGCGGGCAGCUGAGGAGCAGAGGGAGCAAGAGGAGCAUCUGAGGAGGCGUGAGCAGGAGUUAGCCGAGAGGGAGAUUGACAUCGUGGAGAGAGAGCUCAACAUCAUCAUCCAUCAGAUGUAUCAAGAGAAACCACGAGUGAAAAAACGCAAAGGCCACUUCAAAAAGAGCAGACUGCUCAAACUUGGCAGAGACAGCAACUGCAUCAGUCUGCCAUCUGGUUUUGAACAUAAGAUCACAGUGCAAGCGUCACCCAGUGUGGACAAGAGGAAAGGUCAGGGUAGUGAAAGCACCACUCCUCCAGCCAGCCCAGGGGUCAUCCCUCGCCUCAGAGCCAUACGCCUGACGCCUAGUGAUGGAAGGAAAACAUGGGGCCGGACGGCAGUGUGUAAGAAAGAGGAUCUAGGGACCAAGAAGAAGGGCCGAACAUGGGGGCCCAGCUCCACACAUCAGCGCGAGAGAGUCGGUGGAGAGGACAGAAGAAACACACGAGAGGAGUGGAAGUCACCCAAUUACUUUAAAAACUUUUAUCAUAUAUACAUACCAAAACAUGCUCCUAUGACAGCUGGAUUCUCAAGCCUAAAUGAAAUGGAGGAGCACUGUGAGUUUGAUGACAGUUCCCCAGGACGCCUGGCUCCUGACCUGGGCAGUAAUGGAGCGAUGGAGGAGGUGGGUUUAGGAUCAGCGAGUACAGGGCUGGGAAUAUGCUCACUGGAUUCAGUUCGGCGCUGCAGCCAGAGGAAAAAGAGUGACCUUCUGCUGCUGGGCUGUGCCUCUGUACUGGCCGCUGUGGGCCUUGGUUCUGACAUCUUCCAGCUGGGACGACCACAGAUGAGUCAAGAUGAGCAGGACCCGCGAGAGGAGCAGAAAAAGAAGAAGGAGGGUUUGUUCCAGCGCACGGGCCGAUUUAGACGCAGCACCUCUCCACCCAGCCGCACACUGUCACUCUCCCUGUCCCACAACCGCCAUCACGACUCCAUCCUGCCCAGCAUGGACCCGUCUCCUUCCGUUACCCUCCUCUCUUUGUCCUCCCUCUCUGACUGCAACUCCACCAAGUCCCUGUUGCCCUCUGAUCCUGAUGACUUUGCCCCGACCCCUAGUAGUGCUCACCCGGUGGUCUCUCCUGCGCCGUCAUUAAACCCUCUGUUGGACCUGAGAGCAGAGAGCUUCAAACGAGAGCCCAAUCAGUCCCUCACACCCACCCACGUCUCUGCAACUAUGGCAUUAAACCGUGGGCACCGCCGCACGCCCUCUGAUGGGGCCAUCCGUCCUCGAGCACAGACAGUCGUGGGGCAUCGACGCACCCCCUCUGAUGGGAGCAUACCCUUCCCCCCUGCAUCAGCCCCGAACAUUACACCAUAUACAGGUUCUCGUGAAACUCUUGACAUUCCACGCCUGCCUGACCCGUCUAUGAUUUACCCUUCAGCCCAUCGCCGCAAACCUCCUCCUCCCAUCCCCGUGCCAGAGCCAGACAGCCAUACGGGCACACUAGAGCGUCCCAAAACCCUUGAGUUCGCUCCUCGCCCCCGACCAACCCCCGCUCGGGCACGUCCGGACCCCUGGAAACUGUCAUCUCUGUCCCAGACGCUCAGUUCGUCUCCAGGUAGCAGCUGUGACAGUCCGCUGGGCUCGGGUGACAGCGGAGUGAGCGCUGGAGUGGGAGUCAUCCAUCAAAGCCUUCUCGACAUGGACAUGGAAGGCCAGAACAAGGACAGUACCAUCCCCCUGUGCGGACAACACCCACAGGCCACUCUAUGCGGUCAACAUUUCUCAUAGGAAGACAGACACCCCACCGUCUGGGCUGAUGCACACUAACCAGCACUCUGUGGCCGUCGUGAGAGGUUUCCCCACAGUUUGCCCCGUGAUCCCAUCAGACCACGUUCUCUGGCAGCUCUAAUGGAAAAGCUGCCCUCUGCAGUAGCUAGAUAGUCACCUUCUGGACAGGUUAAGAGAUAAAUGACCUUGAUUUUGUUUAUCUCAGCCUGUCCACAAUGACUCAUUCUCUGGGAGUUUAAUGGGCCUCAUAACGGCUGAGAACGGUUGGUUAAACAGUGGCUUAUUAGCGAGCAGGAGAGGGCAGUCUAACUACUGUAGGUCUGUGACAUUCCUUGUUUGUCCAUAUCUAUGUUAUCAUAGGGCAAGUCUCUCUUGCCUCUUCUUCUUCAUCAUGGUCUCCAUGGGUACAACUUGUUUUUUGGCCUGGAAGAAAAAUGCUAAGGUUUUUUUUCAACCUCAUCCCCUCCAGUGUGUACAUUGUAAAGUUCAGUGAUGCUUUCUGUAUUUACAUUCAGGAGAAUUGUGUGUGCCGUUAAUUGCAAUGACACAGGGAGCUCUCUUGCGAGUUGCAUUCAUUGUAAUAUAUUGAUACAAUAUAAAAAUAGGUGUACCAUAAGAAUUUUAUAUUUUUCUUUUUUUUGGAAAAAAACAAACUACAUCUCAAACUACUCUCUGCAUGACCUAAUCAGAAUGUGAGAGCAGUCCAAACGUGAAAUUAAACAUGAGCAGAUGCUUUCUCUCCAUGUGUGGAGGUACUUGGCACUUUCCAAGGAUAGGGUACACUUUUUUAAAAAACCAUUAGAGGCAUAAAUCUCAUGUUUUUGGUGAACUCAUCAUGAAUUAAAGGCACAAUAUGUAAGAUUUUUUUUAUUAAAAUAUCCCAAAACCACUAG